GCUGAACAUAGCCACACAUCAAUGGGAUGAGGCCCUGGGAAUCGGGACCUGGAUCGAUGGAAGCUCGAGUUGCCUCCCCCGUCUCCUCCGACCACGGACACGGCCUCCUACCGUCCCCGCGCCCGCGCGUGGCCAACGCCUGUGACGUCUGCAAACGCCGCAAGGUCAAGUGCAACGGCGCCACGCCAUGCGGUUACUGUGUGAGCCGGAAACAUCCUUCGUUGUGCCUUUAUUCGCCUCCGAGACAACGGAGGGCGAGGGUGAGGGCGAGCAGGUUGACGGGGGUACAGGAGGGAGGGGAACAGGGAGGACAGGAAGGAUAUCAAGAGCCAUAUGAAGCAGAUGGAGAUGGAGGUGGUGCGCAUUCGGCGGUAUCACCACAGCCAUCAUGCUCAUCUCGGGGAGGUCAUGCUGUUGUUCAUCCAGCACCAGCGGCCUCCACUUCACAAGCCCGGGCCUCGAGCAGAAGCAGCAACAGCAACAGCAGCAAAGAGACGCCGCCGGUCGUGACAAAAGAGUCGGAAAUUCCAAGCCGGAGAUCUCUGCCAGGGGAAGUCACUGGAGGCAGCGUAGUAGGCAACGUAGGGCGGUCACAGCCACAGUCACAGUCACAGUCACGGCAGGGGCAGCAUCAAGAGACUCAGCCCGAACAGGAAGGACAGCAAAAAGAACAAGAGCAACCACCACGGGAACCUGGUCCAGGGACAGAAGCCCACAACGAAGAAACCGAAGUCCCCCGCGAAGGCCGUCUCCUCGUCGACCCUCAGGGGAAACUCAUCUUCAUCGGCGACUGCGCCCCGCUCUCCUUCUUCCGCACCGUCCAGAGACUGAUCACGUCGCGCAUUGAUCCCGAUGCCUUUGCGCCUGAGAAUAGCGGGUACUCGGCUUUGGAGAACAACAACGCUGCGUAUUACCCUAAGGCAUCUGGUGCUGCUGCUGCUGCUGGUGUUUUUCCUGGUGGUGGUGGAUAUGGUGGCGGUGGUGGGCGUGGAUAUGGUGGUGAUGGUGGGCGUGGACCUCCUCUCGUCCAAACCUCCAUCAUUGAAUCGGCUGUUACGGCGUACUUUCAAAGCACGGCCGGGCUCAUUGAUAUCUUUGAUGAUCAGGCGCAACAGCCGAGGCAGUUGAUUGAGGAUAUUACUUCUUGGGCGGUGCAACUUGGUCGGUCAAGGCCGUUCAUGGAAACUGGAGGCGUACCACCAGGAGGAGACGCCACUUCGGCCGUCUUCUACCUCGUCCUCGCCAUUGGGCUGCUUUUCCAAAAGACCAUCACCAACAAAUCAUCUUCUUCCCCCCGGUCCGAACCGUCAGGAGUGCCGGAAUCCUCCUUCCCCGAAUCCGAAAGCAUCGCCCAAGCCUACUUCGAUCAUGCCCGCGACCUUGCCUUCGCCAACCUAAGCGGCAACCUCGGCCUAGCCUCGGUGCAGUCCUUCCUGCUCAUCACGCUCUACAUGCUAGGGGCGUGCCAGAUUAACGGCGCAUUCAUCUUCUUUGGCAUCGCCGCGCGCUCGGCCUUCAGCAUCGGAAUUCAUCGCACCGAGGUUAAUGCACGCUUCAAUCCCGAGAUUCACCGCCAGCGCGACCGGCUGUGGAAGAGCCUGCGCGUGGUGGACCUGUUCCUUAGCACGUCCAUGGGCCGACCACCCGCGACCAGCGACGUUGACUGCACGGUGCUGUACCACGCCGUGGACGGCGAAGGGAGGGAGCAGACGGAUCCGGAUUUCAGUGGGGACUAUCUGCUGAACGGGUCGGCGCAGAUCUUUUUGAUCAUUGAGGGGAUCGUGUUGGAGGUGUACUCGAGGCGAAAAAUCUCGCCGCAGCUGACGGAGGGUAUCUCGAGGGAGCUGAGGGAGUGGUCGGCUAGGUGGUUGCAAAGGCUGAAGCGGGUGAUUGAUGAGGAGCGACCACGGCCAAGCCCGAGACAGACGCCGCUACUGACGACGGUAGCGGGAUCAGAGGCAAUGGUUGUUAAUGGAGCUUGUCAGGUGCUUGCCUCGUAUUAUUAUGCAGUGAUCCUGGUGUCGAGGCCGUUCCUCAUGGUUGAACUGAGGCGAAGGCUGGCCGAGGGGUAUCCGGCGGAAGCAUCCACAGCAAGAGAUGGGCUGGUGACAUCGGGCAAAUCCAAACUUGCGGAUGCUUGCAUUGAUGCUGCUAGUUUGAUGGUUGAUCCGAUCCAGGAUCUGAUUGAAAGAGGUUUGAUGGCUCGGCGGGCGCCCGUGAUUGUGUCAUGGCUCUUUGCCUCUUCGCUUGUCUUGGGCCUAGGCCUUCUGGGAGGCUUUGGUCGUAUCAUCGAAAAGUACUGCCGUGCCUCCAUCGCAGCGCUGGAGUACUUUGCCGAAGCCGAUGCUCACGCCGUGCAGUACUCACUUAUCGCCAAGUCUCUGCUCAACACGGCCUUGGUCUAUUUAGAAAAGAGGGAGAUGCAAGACCGACUUCGAAGAACGGAGAGCUCUUCUCAACUAUUUGGUCUUAUACCUCGUCGAAACUCCAGGGACAACACUACAGAUGACAACCACAACAACAACAACAACAUCACCAACGGCCACGAAAAUCUCAGAGACACCUCCCCCACUUCCCAUCCACAUCAAUACGACCAACAAUCCCACUACCAACGAAGCAUCCAGCACACAAACCCCUCAGUAGGAGGACAAUUCGGUGGUAUACCUGGAAGUCUUCGCGGCGAUGGUAGUACUCACAGACACCAACAACAACCACCACCACCCAAACCUUCAUCAUAUCACAUUGGAACACACCACAACUCACACAAUCAUCACAAUUACCUCCUCCACCACCACCAUCAUCAUCCCCAUGCCCAUGCCCAUGCCCAUGCCCAUACACACACACCAUCAUCCACCGUCUUCUCCCCCGUCGUCAGCCGCUUCAACAGCAACCACAACAACAUGAAUCACCACUUUGACUUUUUCGGCGGACACGAGUCAACAUCAACAACAGCAACCACUUUUCUCGGCCUGACCGAGUCCCUUCCUCGCACGCCCGAGUUCUCCAUCAUGGGCGGCUCGCUGGACUCGGAUGCGGAUCAGACGUUUGGAGCGCUCAAUCUGUUUCCGUUGUUGGAGACGGAUGGGCAUAUAGAUUUGGCUAAUUACUUUUGA